AUGCCUAACGCGUUUCAGACUCUCACAUCAGAAGAUAUCCUGAUCCAUCCAAAUGUCACCCUUAGUGAGACCCACAAUGGGACCUGUACUAUUACGGGAACCUUGUCCUGCGCUGUGAUUGGCUCAGAUGUGACUCUCACCUGGAAUAACACAAACAGCCCCGGCACAGAAGUGACCAAUCACACGCUCCGUAUCUAUAAUGCUCAGUCACAUGUUACAUACAGCUGUACCGCCCGGAACCCAAUCAGCGAGGCUUCCAGAACUGCACAUAUUCCCUGCAAUAGAGAUGAUACGAAAACAGGAAAUCCUACACGCCCAUGGGGGAUCAUUCCGAUAUUAAUAGCAGUGGGGGUCCCUGUGGCUUUUCUGGCUGUUCUGGCUGUUCUGGUUAUAUUUUGUUGCCGGUCUAAAAGGAAGAAGAAGGAUCAGCAUAAACCGGAAGAAAUGGAAGAGAAGACUCUCUAUGCUCAUGUCCAAAAACCAAAAAGAGAAACCGUAUCUGGUUCCGGCACAGCAGACGGAACAGCUAACGGCUCAGUAACUUUAUAUAGCGAAGUUCAACUACCAAAGGGGGGCCGAGCCGGGCAUGGGAAUCCCACACAGGGAGAGAAAAUAGAGACUGUGUAUAGUGAGGUGACUCUUCCAGCUCAGGGCAACCAAUCUGGCAGUAGGAAUGAGAACCCAUACACUGAAGGCCAGACAGGGGAAUCCUGUUCUGAUUUGAUGCAGAACAUCCAGGCAGCCAAUAAUAUAAAGGACCCAUCAAACGAUAAUCCCAGCAGACCAUCCUACAACCAAUUGGUGUGAAGCCUUGAAUGGAACUGAGGCUCAGGGUGAGGAGAGGUAAUCCUUCCCCCCCACAUAGGUGGGAAUAAUGAAGAUGAAGAGAAGCCCGGCACCUCUGAAAAGAUGCCAUGUAUAGAUGUAUUAAAUGAUGGCUUCCUUUGGAAGACUCGGCCAGUAAAACUUUACCCUCAUCCUCUACCGACGAAUCCAACUUCACCCAGAGGCCUGGACUCAAAACAGAACCUGGGGCUAAAGGCUUCCCUAAGGCACCUCUUCAGUACUAUAAUACGGCAGGGCUAUUUUUCUCCUAUCUUGCUGCUAUGGCUUAUUCAGCUUUUUAUUAAUUGGUUUUUAUACAUUUCAUUUUGUGCCAAGACUUGUUUUGUUUUAUAAUAUAUAUGUUCUUUGCCUAUAAAAUAUCUUUUAAUGAGGAA